CUUACAUUCUUCCUUCUUCCAUCUCUCUCUCUCCCUCUCUCUCUCUCUGUGUUCUUCUUUCUUUGGUGAGUCUACCAAUUCAUAGUAGUUUCCAUGAUCAAUCAGUUAUCUACUAUGAGAUCUACGCCAAGAAUGACUAGUUCAAGUACUUCUCUCAAGCAAUUAUUCAUGAAGAAAUGGAUAAUGGGUAUGAAAGCUUGCAGCUCUUCGAUGAAGAAAUCUUCUCUCUUGGAGAGAAAGAACACCAUCAAGCUCUCCGCUGACUUAGCCAUGGCAUCCACUAGAAUGGUGGCCGGUUGUACCACCUAUUGGCGUCGAGCCAUAAUAACGAAUGCCUCAAAAGACCCGAAUAGCAAACAUUUAAUCAACCACAUAGUGGGCAAGUACUCACGUAGUAAUAAUAAUUAUAAUUCAGUACUCAUGACCAAGAUAACUUCCGUUCAAUUACAUUGUACAAGACUAUUGAGAAAAAGUAGAUCAAAGAAGAGGAAGAAUAUCGUCGGUUGGCGCACUAUGAGUGACAAAAAAAUCGCGGCGAGCAUUUUGUCGAGGAGGCUCGUGAGAAAGAGAACUCAAGUGCUGAAAAGUCUUGUUCCUGGCGGGGAGGCCAUGGAUGAAUGUUCUUUGAUGAAAGAAGCCAUAGAUUAUAUUAUAUCACUCCAAACUCAGGUUGAUGGGAUGAAGCACAUCAUCAAUGCUGUUACUGCUUCUAAAUCUUAAAAUUAAUACUGUUUUUCUUAUAAG